AUGGGAUCUUGCGAGUCCAACCAAUGUUUCAUCGAGAAGAAGCCGACGGAAAUUCCAGGAUCCAUGAAAAUCACCAAAGGUUGCCUCCGACGCACUUCUCGAAUACAUCACGGAUGCGAGUACGAUCAUUUCUCGGAUCACAUUCUAUGUGUUUGUCAGGGUCACUACUGUAACGAUAGAAUAGUGAUGAACACAACGAGGCAGAAGUAUACUCGAAGUGUCACCUGCCGAGAGUGCUCUGAAAAACAACCGGAUUGUGGAGAGACGUGUGAAGGACAUUGGUGUCAUGAGGAUAUGAGUACAGGGGCGUCUGGAUGUGGGUACGGACCUCCGGCACUGCCCUUCUAUUACAGGGGGCCAGAACUUUUCUAUUAUAGGAGCAAAGUUUGUAUCACAUUGAGCAGAGGAGCCGGCAAGCCACGUCGUCAUUGUGUGUGCAGUACGAACAUGUGUAAUACAGCAUACAAUUAUCAGUAUAAUAUAAAAGAUUAUCAGUAUAAUAUAAAGGAAAAAGAGACGAGUUUGAGGUCACGGUCCUUGUCAUUGAGCGCCACUGAUUACACCUUGCCGUUACAUUCUUGCUACAACUGUGAGACCAAUACAAAUGAUGCGACGUCGAUGUCACAUACAACGAAUUGUAGAAGUAAUAGGUGUAUGGGCCACUACUGCACCUACGCCGCCCAUCGUCACACCACCAAGACGAGUAUGGGUCGUUCGAACAUGGUUCACGCUGUCGCUGAACUUCAGGGAUGUAUGAAUGUCUCGGAUAAGUCACACAUUCAACUGGGUUGUUCCAAGAAAUGGACGUCAGACGAAUACGAAGAAAUCCAUUGUGCUUGUCGUGGCAAUCUAUGUAACAGUGACUCAUUGACAGCCGUUUCGACGGGAUCGUUGCUUCGGAUAUUCCACGUGGCGAUUCCAGUUUUUUUGUAUUUCUUGCUAUAA